CGAAGGAUCACAUCUGAUUUUAUCCUCAUGUUUGGUUUAGACUUUUGCCCAACAAGCAAAAGAUCCCUGGUUCAAUCCCAGGAACAUGUGGAGCUUCUCCUCUGGUGAUUCUUUGUGAAUAUAGAAGAGGUUGAAAGUAUCUCUCAUAAAGUGCUUUAAAGUUCCACUGAGAUUAAAUUAAAAGGCACUGUUCUCAGAUGAACUCUUGCAGCGGCUUUAGGCUAUCGAAAUAUUUCAAGCUUAGCACGGGUUGCUUUGGUAAAAGAUGUUUGUUGGAUGUUUUUGUCCAGAGGACUGAAAUUAUAGGCCACUGGAGAUCAUUUUAGCUGCAGGUCUCUGCAAGUUCUACAUGACAUGCUGAGUUCAGAGCAGCUAUCGGCAUUAAAUCAUAAGACUCUGCAUUAACAGAAGGGUCAAGCUUAGCGACGGAGAGCAGCCUGCUUUGCUGUGAGAAACAGAUGGCUCACUGAGAUUAAACAGCUGACCUGCUUAGCUCACGUCUGAAGGUGCUGUGAUUCCAGUGAUGCCUCACAGCAUUUUUUCUUUAUUAUGAAUUUAUUUCAGUCUAUCAAGCUCCCUAUGGGUCAGAUUUAAGAGUUGUUUUAUUACAUUUCACUUACAAUUGUACAAAAAGUAAAUCACAUAUUCAAAGUUUUAAAAAGUGGUGUACUAAAAUCCCAGAAAAAAAUCAAUUAAAAUUGAAAAUCAUAGGAUCAACUUGCUUGCAUGCAAUAUUUCUGAUUGCAAUGCAAUGACACUUAAAGAUAAGAUAAGUUUUGAUUUUGCAGGGCAACUGUUAGGGAUAAUUCCUUGUACAAAUCCUGUGCUGGUUCUGUGGAAGCACAGCAGCCUGAGGUCAGAUUAAAAAAGGAAGGUCCACUCGGUCGCGUGUGAACCAGGUUGCGAUCCGGGCUUAAAAACAGAUCAGAGUCAGAGGAUAUAAAAACCAGCUCAAACACACAGUGUGUCACAAAGAGCUCCAACUCUCACAUGGUAUCUGACUACAGAAAUAUCCAGAUAUACUAACAAGGAAAAAGAAAAAAAAUUAUAAAGAGUUUAAGGGACGUUCCUCUGCAACAGCAGCCAUGGUUCUGGAGGAGAAUGACUGUGACUCUGUCUUCAACCCCCAAAUCACUGAGGAGCAUGUAGAGACUCAGUAUGGGAAUGUCCAUUGUAUCAUGAACGGGACACUAAAGGGAAAUCACCCUGCCAUCCUGACCUUUCAUGAUGUUGGACUGAACCACAAGUCCUGUUUUGAGACUCUGUUCAACCAUCAGGACAUGUACGAAAUCAUCAGACAUUUUCCUGUUUGUCACGUUGAAGCCCCAGGACAGCAUGAGGCAGCCAAAACUCUGCCUGCUGGUCACACCUACCCUACCAUGGACCAACUGUCUGAAGCACUGCCUUCUGUCCUCAAACACUUUGGGUUGCGUAGUGUAAUUGGUUUGGGAGUGGGAGCGGGAGCAUACAUCCUGGCUAGAUUUGCUCUGAAUCACCCUGAUUUGGUGGAUGGAUUGGUUCUGAUCAAUAUCAACCCCAGUGCUGAAGGCUUAAUGGAUACUUUUGCAACCAAGCUCACUGGAUGGACCCAGACUCUACCAGACACUAUCAUCGCACACUUGUUUGGAAAGGAUGAAAUCCUGACCAAUCACGACCUCAUCGCCACAUAUCGCCACCGCAUCACAACAACAAUGAACCAGGCCAAUGUCAAUCAGUUCUUCCGCUCCUACAACCACCGCAACGCUCUUGAGGUGGAAAGACCCGUUCCUGGAGGAAACAUCAACGUCAGGACUCUCAAGUGCUCCACUCUGCUCAUUGUAGGCGAUAAUUCUCCAGCUGUGGAAGCUGUGGUGGACUGCAACUCUAAGCUCAACCCCACCAAAACCACACUGCUUAAGAUGUCGGACUGUGGAGGGCUUCCUCAAGUGGAUCAGCCAGCCAAAGUGAUUGAAGCCUUCAAAUAUUUCAUCCAGGGCAUGGGAUAUUUGUCCAGUGCCAGCAUGACCAGACUUCGCUCACGGACAACGUCCAGUUCAAGUCUUAUGUCCUUGGAUGGCCCACGAAGCCGAGCACAUACCAACGAGCUGCAACGUAGCCAAAUAAGUUCACACAGCAACGACGAGAAGCGUGUACGCUCUCACACCGAUGUUUCCAUGGAUAGUAUUUCCAGUGUGAACCAGAGUGUCUCAAAGACCACCGAAGUGGCAUGCUAGAGCACAGGCACUUCUAAGCCUCAUGCACUUUUACCUCAUCAUAACUACCCAGGUGUAUCUCACAGUCUUCUUAACUUUCCCAUCUCUGGCCAUCAUCUUCCAAUUAUGCCCUUUCAUUUGCACUAUCUCUGCCUGAAAGGCCACAGGAUAUGCUUCCGUGUGACUUUCUCCAUCCCCCCAUUCGUUCUCAAAUUUCCACUCUGUAUGUUCUUAAACCUUCACUACUCUACUCUCUUCCUAAUCACUCAUACUUCAUUUUCAUUUCCUAAGCCUCUUUCUCUUUAUACUGCACUGAACUAUUAUUACAUGUCUCUUUGUCCUUCAAUUUCUCUUUCUUUACCUUCAUCCAUUUCACUCUGUCUCUAUUCAUGUCUCUGACUGACCUUUUACCACAAUUUCUGCUGCAGGCGUCCUUGGUUUGGAUAAGAGUUCCUUAUUUACUGAUAUUUAUUAUCAAAUACAAUGCAUGAGAGGUUCAUACAAUCUGAAUGUAUUCACUAAAACUUGAAGUGUAUUCACUAUAGAGAUAAUAAAGAUGUAGAAAUAUGGAUUAACUGGUGCAGCAGUUGCAUGUUUAUUACCAGGAAUGUAUGUUGAUUAUAUGCAGGUAUGACAGCAGUGUAUUAUUAACUAUUGGAAAAUACCAUGAAUAUUCACUGUAGUUCACAAAAUGCUUACGCUUUAGUGAGAAGUUUUACAUUAAGUUUAAAAAUUAAAGCACUUUAUAUUUAUAAUAUUAAAGCACAAUUUAA